GAUUGAAGCCACGUAAACGUGUCAGUGUCUCUCAACCAUGUCUUGGCUUGUCAGACCAAAACCUACAACCAAACAUUUCUUCAGUUAGUUCAGUAGUCAGCAAAGCAAUCAUCUAAUCUUUAUUAGUUCAAACUCAGAAUUAAUUCCAAAAUCAACUCGCAGAACACCCUGCAAUACUGCAUCAAAUCAAUGGAAGAACCACAACCAGUCCAUGACCAUGACAAGGACCCACCAAUCCCCCAAAACCCACCCGUUCAAAACACAGAUCCGAACCCAGACCCAGACCCACCUAUCACUGCCCCAUCUGACCCUCCAGUCGAACCAGCACCUGCACCUGCACCAGCACCAGCACCGCCACCGCCACCGCCUCCAGCAGCACCAGCACCGCCACCGCCUCCAGCAGCACCAGCACCAGCACCAGCACCGCCACCGCCUCCAGCAGCACCAGCGCCAGCACCACAACCACCACCUCCUUCUGUCCCUCCUGAAAGCAAGAAGAGACCACUUGACAAUUGUGGUCCAAUUCAAGAAUGCAGCUACUUCAAGAUGCGUGCUGUUGUCAAAGAUAUCAGACCCCGUGUUCUUGAGAUGCUUGGAACAGUGGACUUCCGGAGUUGCAAGGGAGCUGAGGAACUUCAAGAAAAGCUGAAGCUGCUUAUGGAAUUAUACAAGCAGAUGACAGCAGAAAAGGCCACUAUAACCAAGUGGAAAAUUACACCAAAUUCCAGUGAAAGUGGGGUGGGACUAAAGCCCCAGGAGCAGCUCCAAGAGACAGCAGAUCAGUCCCAGCCAGGCCAGGUUUUUGCAAAACCAUCUGAAAAGCAGCAAGCUGAACACAGUGAGAAUCAAGGGACGCAUAUUGUUGGAGGAUCAGCUUUUGGCUGGAACUUUAUCACCUUUCCUGGCAGUAAGCCAAUCUACUAUGGAAGAACAAAGGAAUUAUUCCGCGCUGCUCGAGUGACUUUGUAGGCUAGUCCUCCCCACUCACCCUAAUUGUUAGUUGAAAGGAAAGUAUGUAUCAAUAAGAAUAUGUGGAGCCUCACCCAUGAUCAUAAGGGGAUACUGUGAAUGAUUUAGAAGUUGUGAUGCGUAUAACUUUUGUUGGAAUGGCUGCACAAUUGUAGGUUUUACAAGAAAUAUGAUGAAAUCUCCAUAUUGGAUUCA